CUCCAUUGCAGUCUUGAAGCUUAAACCCUAAUGCGUUGCUCUGAACUUCCGUCUCUCCACCCCAAGGGUUUAGAGACUGAGAGCCGUGGGACGUAGAACAAUUAGGGUUAAGCUUUGCGUCCCAGUCCGGGCGAGGUUGUGUUAAUCGGUUUGGGAGGAUUGUAAACUGUUUUUUAUUGACAAGAAAAAUCUGCUGCGAUGGGGAAAAGUAAGACUACGGGAAAGGGACGUCUCGACCGCUUCUACUACCUUGCAAAAGAACAAGGGUUUCGGUCUCGAGCCUCGUUUAAGUUAGUGCAGCUUGACAGGAAGUUCCAAUUCCUGUCUUCUGCGAGGUCGGUGCUCGAUCUUUGCGCUGCCCCGGGAGGAUGGAUGCAAGUGUGUUCCAAGAAUAUGCCCGUUGGUAGUCUCAUAAUUGGUAUCGAUUUGGUCCCUAUUCGGCCGAUUCGAGGGUGUGUCACAUUGCAGGAGGAUAUUACUACGCCUCAGUGUCGGGCGGCCAUUAAGAAGGUUUUGAAGGAGAAGAAACAUGACAUGGUGCAGGUUGUGCUGCAUGAUGGCUCGCCCAACGUGGGAGGAGCUUGGUCAUCCGAGUCGUCGGCCCAGACGGCCCUUGUGUUGGACUCCCUCAAGCUUGCCACCGACGUUUUGUGUCCCGGAGGCACCUUCGUGACUAAGAUUUUCAGGUCACAGGAUUAUAAUGCGCUGCUUUUUGCUUUCAAGCAGCUUUUUGAGAAGGUUGAGGUUACCAAGCCCAUUGCCAGUCGUGCUACUUCAGCGGAGAUUUACGUGAUAUGUCAAAAGUAUCGUGCUCCUGCUAAAAUCGAUCCCCGUCUUCUCGAUGCUAAGCACUUGUUCAAAGAGACAAUUGAAGCUCCAAAGGUUAUUGACGUUAUGAAAGCAAGCAAGCAGAAACGUCACCGAGAGGGGUAUGAGGAAGGCACCACCGUCUUACGGAAAGAGGUCAAAGCUUCAGACUUUGUGUGGUCCGAGAAGCCUUUGGACAUGCUUGGCUCUAUCACUUCAAUGUCUUUUAAAGAUCCCGACUGCAAGGUUAUUAAAGAACACGAUUUGACUACGGACGAGAUCAAAAUUUUGUGCGAGGAUCUUCGGGUUCUAGGAAAGACUGAAUUCAAGCAGUUACUGAAGUGGCGAUUGCAAAUUCGAAAAAACCUUGAACCUACUCCAGCCAGUGAUAAGGAGGAUGACAGUAAUGAGAAAAAGAAAGGAUCAGAUGAAGAUAAUGAUGACGAAGAAGAACUGGCUACCAUGGAAGAGCUCAAGGAGUAUGUGGAAUCUCAGAAACGCAAGGAGCGGAAAAAGAAGGCCAAAGCAAAAGAGAAAGCUAAGGCUCGAUCAGCGACCGGAAUGCAAAUUGAUGUGAUGGAAGAUGGUGUUGCUGAUACGGAACUUUUUAACAUCAAAGCCAUCAAGGGUAAGAAAGAUUUGGCCAGAAUGGAAGUUGAAGAUGAUGAAGAUGACAAUGAUAGUGUCGAUGAAAUGCUGAAUGAUGGCCCCCAGCAAGCUGAGGAUGAUAGUGAUUUCGAUCCUGAACAAGAUCGUCAAAGGUAUGAUCAAGAGCUGGAUCAGUAUUUUGAACGCGCAUACAGUAAAUACUGCUCUACUACGGAUGGUAGCACGAAACGCCGCAGACGAGCUAAGCUGGGAGAGGCAGGGGACCUUUGGGAGGAUAAUGAAGUUACAGGUCAAGACGAUGAAAGUGAUGGUGAUGAUGUAAUUGAGAAUGCAGAUGAGGAUGAAGCGAAUCCGUUGGUUGUCCCAUUGGCUGAGGCUCCUAAACUUUCUACAGAUCACUUGUCCAAGCAAUGGUUUAGCCAAGAUGUUUUUGAUGGUGUAGGCGAAGGCGAGGAACUAAGUGACGAUGAAGAGGCUAUUGCAAAGAUGCGGAAAAAGAGGAAAGCUGAAACUGAUGCAGAGGUGGAUGCUGAUGGUGAUGAGGAUAUGGGUGUAGGUGCCUCUGAGUUGCCAGCCGCAAACCAUUCUGCCAAUGGGGCUGCUAGUUUAGCCCCUGCUGUAGGAAAAGGGGAUUUUGAAAUCGCACCCCAGGAAGGAAAUAGCUCUAGUGAUAGUGACUCAGAUAGCGAAGACGAUAAUGGCAAAGCAGAAAUCCUGGCAUAUGCCAAGAAAAUGCUGAAGAAAAAGAAUAGAGAGUCAAUCUUAGACGACGCAUACAACAGGUAUACAUUCAAUGACGAAGAUAUGCCACGAUGGUUUGCUGACGAUGAGAAAAAACACAAUAGACCUGAGAAGCCUAUUACCAAAGAGGAAGUUGAAGCCAUGAAGGCCCAAUUCCGAGAAAUCAAUGCGCGGCCCGUGAAGAAGGUAGCUGAAGCCAAGGCCCGAAAGAAGAGGCGUGUUCUGAAAAAGUUGGAACAAGCCCGCCAGAAGGCAACUGCAAUUGCUGACCAGGAGGAUAUAUCAAAUAAAUCGAAGCAGAAAUCAAUGGAGAGGGUGUAUAAGAAAGCUUUGGCCGCACCCAAGAGGGGAAAAACAGAAGUGGUUGUGGCUAAAAAGGGCGUAGGUGCAAGGGGAGGCAAAGGAAGAAUAGUUGUUGAUAGGCGUUUGAGGAAGGAUUCCCGGGCGAAAAAUACUGGGAAGCCUGGCAAAGGCUUCAAGGGCAGAGGUGGUGGGGCAAAUGGUGCCAAAGCAAAAGCCAACAAAGGUAAAGGACCAAGUAGGGGAGGGAAAGGCAGGAAGCCACAAAAAGGCUGAAGGUGCUUCCUGAAUGAGCUUCUAAUUGUAGGAAAGUGAGGAGGUUGAGAAUUUUGUGUGUAGUUGAAUGUAGAUGCCUUAGGAGCAUGUCUUCAGUACGUGACUGUAGCUACUUUUGACUGCUUAUUGAAUUUUUAUGUUUCAACUUCAAUUUUCUUUAGUUCUAGAUUAGGUCGAGCUGUUCCUUCAACGUAACGCCAAAAUUAUGGCCGAGAUUUAAUUUUAAGCUCACGUUUGAUACUUCGA